GAGAAACACGAAGGGCAUAAUCGUAAAAUGUGCCGUGUGGCCACAGCUCACUCCCACCCGAGAGCUUCAUACGGACGCCUGCCCCUCCGUCAUUAACCAUCCCAACCUCCAAGAGAAGAGCGGGACCUCCCUUUCGGUCCUCUCGCCACUCCAUUUUACGAAAAGACCCCUCACCCACCGGCGCGCGACCGACGUCGGGGAUGCUCCGGCGGUCGUCGUCGUCGUCGUCGCGGCGCCUCCUACAGAGCAGCAGCGACAGAGGCGACGCCAACCCAAACCGUAUCCCGGGCAUCCCACCCGCCGACCCGCCCAGCGGCGUCAACUCCGAUGUCGUUGUCAUCCUCGCCGCCCUGCUAUGCGCGCUCAUCUGCGUCGUCGGCCUCGCCGCCGUCGCCCGCUGCGCCCGAUCCCGCCGCAACAGGGCCGCCGCCGCCGCCGACGGCGGACCCUCCUCCCCCUCGAGCGACCCUGCGGACGCGGGGCUCUUCGGUGGCGGCGGGGGCGGGCACCACGCCACCGGCGCGUCGGGGGCCAGCGUGACCACGACGACCACCAGCAAGGGGCUCAAGAAGAAGGCGCUCAAGGCGCUGCCGAAGCUGGCGUACGCGGACGCGGUGGCCGCGGCCGCGGCCGCGAGGGGGGCCACGGCCGGGGAGGGUGACGGGGAGGAGGGGAAGGCGGAGGUGCUCGCGGAGUGCGCCAUCUGUCUGUCGGAGUUCGGCGAGCGGGAGGAGGUGCGCGUGAUGCCGCAGUGCGGGCACGGGUUCCACGUCGCGUGCGUCGACACCUGGCUGCGCUCCAACUCGUCCUGCCCGUCCUGCCGCCGCCCCAUCGUCCUCGACGACCCCGCGCCGCCCAAGCGGUGCCGCAAGUGCGAGGCCAUCGUCCUGGAGGCCGUCGUCGCCUCCUCCUCCUCGUCCUCCGCCGCCGCUGGCCGCGGCGUCGGUGGCGGGGGAUUCUUGCCGUAGCCUUAGCAGUUGUCUGGUCGCCUCUGACGGGCGGGCCCAGGUCGGUCCCGGUAGUUGAGCUGCUCCCAUCUGCCCGUGGCCCACAUGUCAGUAAUCCAGUAGUACAGCAAAAGAUCUCCUCUAAACUCUAAAGAGCUGGAAAAGAAGAAUAAUUU